AAAUUUUUCGUGUAAAAAUCUGUAUUCCGUAAGGUAUGCCUAUUUCUAAAUAUAGUAAUUCUAAUGUGCUUGUGAAACAACAUAAUUUUUACCAGACAAAAAUUCAGAAUCUGAUUAUUAUUUGGCUGUUUAAAUAAUAUGCUGUUGAGCAUAUUAUUUGUAUGUGAUUUUUAGAUUUUCAUACACUUUUUUAUGAGGUCCUGUCAAGAUAUCAAAGAUGUCAUUUCCAGCCGAUGAUGUCACAGAUAUUAUUAAAACUGUUAUAACUGAGGUUAUUCCAAAAACUGAGAGUUAUAUGGCUGAUAUGGUGGAUGAAUGGGCUUCAACAAUUGAUGAAAAGGUUUUAUGGAAUCUUUCCAAGUUGAACAUGCCAUUCAAAUAUAUAACUACUUGCACAAUCAUGCAGAAGAAUGGAGCAGGCAUUCAGAGUUCUGCGUCUUGCUACUGGGAUAAUACCUCUGAUGGAAGCUGCACAAUUCGUUGGGAAAAUAACUGCAUGUACUGUAUUGUAACUGUUUUUGGACUUAUUAUAUGAUAAAUAACCCAAAUUAAAUAGCCUCUGAAGAGUUGCGAAAUUUGCUACAGAUAUUAAACCUUUGAAUUUUCUUUUAA